CUCUACCACCAUAUCGAGCAUGCUUUCAGGCAGCAACAAGAUCAGCUUGCAUUGAUUGUUGCCUACCAGCCUGCCGAUCAUCUCAGCCACGUCUUCUCCACAGCGUACAAUACUAGCGGAAGCCCUCCAAAUAGUGACCUGCCUUGCCUCGCCUGGACCUUUGCCCAGGUCCACGAACUCGCAUUUCGACUAUGGGCGGGGCUCUCAGGGGAAGGAAUACGUCCAGGCGCGACUCUCAUGACGCUUGUUGUCAAUCGAGCAGAGUUUAUCGUCCUUUACUACAUGGCUAUUGUCAUGCGGUUGACGUUCGUGCCGCUAGACCCCGGUGCUUUGGGACAGCCGCGCAAGGCCGAGCUAGAGAACUCUUUGCGCGUACUGAAGCCAGACCUUGUGGUCGUUGCCGAUGCUCAGGGCAUGGAAGCGGUCAGGUCCGCCUUUGGCGUCCGCUCACCGAGUGUGGGAUUGCAGCUCGACGGCCAGGUUGCUCAAGCUGAUGCUUGGACAGACAUGACCACUUUACUCGCAGAGGCCAAAAACACGCCCGUUGAGGAGACGGCUGUGACGGAGGCGCUGCGGGAUGUUGACCUGGACCGGACGCAUUUGAUUCUGUUCACCUCUGGGACUUCCUCUGGGAAACCGAAAGGCUGUCCGAGAAGCGUUCGAAGCAUGAGUAACAUCAACAACGCUGCGAUGAGCACGAAAGAAUACCCGAUCGUUCGCUAUCUGCAGGUGACGUCCAACUUUCGGGCAGUCUUCCCUGCUUUCACCAUUACUGCAUGGCGAGAUGGCGGUGCAGUGGUCAUAGCCAGCCCUGCGUAUGACACCAGCGUUGUCCUAGACGCAAUUGACCGCUUCAAGAUAUCUACUACCGGCCUGGUACCCGCCAUGGUUCACGCCAUUGGCACCCACCCCAACCAUAGUCCUCAGAAAGUUGCAAGCGUGACAGGCGUCCGGCUUGGUGGAGAUAUGAUCACGCGAGAUCUGCUGCAGAAAGCAGCUUCAGUGUUUCCUGCGGCUCAGGUGUCGACGGCUCAUGGGAUGACAGAGGGCGGAGGCUUCUUUGAAUGGCCCUUCUUCGAGACGCCGCUUGCGGAUAUACCAUACUACGGCGAAAUAUCGCCCCUUGGUCUUGCCACUCCGCAAGCUUCUUUGCGGAUAUGGGAUACUGAGCACAACAAAGUGGCUCGACGAGGUGAGCUGGGUGAACUGCACAUUUUGGCGCGAGAUGCAAUCGAGCGAUAUCUUGAAGGCGUAAACGAGGACAGCUUCUAUGAGGACGCUGAGGGGAGGUGGCUGCGAAGUGGUGACCUAGCAACCAUGACAAAGGAUGGCCUGUUCUACAUCCUGGGCCGCAUCAAGGAUGUCAUCAAGCGGGCAGGUGUCUCCAUUACCCCUGCCGCGCUUGAAAGUGCAAUCUCUAGCUUUUCCGGUUCUCAGACAGCAGUCGUCGCUGUGCCAUCUCCGACAUUGGGCGCCGAACCCUUUGCUGUCCUCGAGAAGACGGGCGGCUGGACAGCGGACGAGAUCAAGCACCAUGUGCUCGAAUUGUUUAACAAGGACUAUGCCCUCCGUGAUGCUGCAUCACUUGAACAGCUGGGUCUGACAGGUUUCCCACUCAAUGCGAGUGGCAAGAUACAAAAGCUGGAUCUACUGAAGCAUGUCGAGGGCUGGAUGGCC